UUUGUUGUCGAGCCAGCUACAGCUGUAAGGUUGGAGUGCCCGCAUUAGCAACAGCAAUUCUGGCAGGUUUGGUUACUACUUAGCUGUUAGUGCUCUAACAGCGCCUCGGUUCUAACCAGUCAACAUGGGUCGCAUCUUCCUCGAUCACAUUGGAGGUUCUCGACUGUUCUCGUGCGCGAGCUGCGACACCAUUCUGACAAAUCGCAGUGAGCUCAUCAGUACAAGGUUCACUGGCGCCACGGGAAGGGCGUUCCUCUUCAACAAAGUGGUCAACCUCAAUUAUAGUGAGGUGCAAGACCGAGUGAUGCUGACUGGCCGGCACAUGGUACGCGAUGUAUCCUGCAAGAACUGCGACACCAAGCUCGGCUGGGUGUACGAGUUUGCCACUGAGGAGGGCCAACGGUACAAGGAAGGACGAGUCAUCCUCGAGAGGGCUCUUGUCACUGAGAGCGAUGGCAUCGAGGAGCACAUGGGCAACUGACCCGCUUCUGUGCUGCCCUGCUUGCUGUGGCGGCGCAAUUGUGGCAAGCCUCGGCUGGAAAUGACUCCCGACUGCCUGCCAUUCAAACCCAAUUUUAAAAAUUGACACUGUGGCACUGAAAACGAAGUUCGUGUGCUGCAGUAGACUUUGUUCCGAGCCCAAGUGCAGAUACUACCAUUCACCGCUGCUUCUUUACUUAUUAGGAUUAGGAACGGGCUCUACCAUGUGGUUCUGUAUGCAGCAAGAAAUGCAUGUAUUUUGGUCUAAAAUCGGCAGACAAGGUAACAUCUUGGGCCAGCUUCAUUCGAGGAGUUGUUCUGGCACCUCGCAGCUGCACUUGGGUAGGGGGAAAAAAAAGCAUGCAGUGCCAAUUGCUGCCUUGUAUUGUGAGCCGCAUCAGUGUUGGAAAGGGAUCACUUACCACGCAUGCUGUUCUGUACAUACAACUCUUCCACAUAGAGCUUUUGUUGGGGAUGCAACCUUUCUGACACUACACCUUGGAAUAGAGCAUUUCCACAUUCAUAUCUUUUGAAAGCUUAAUUUUUUGGCUGACAACUGACAAAUCUACUGGUGCACUGAUUGAAGUGCUAUUUUAACAUUACUGGACAAAAUAAAAAGGAAUGUUUAGGCUUUCUGAAGAAGCAAGAAAAAGAAAAACUGUGUAAGGUCCACUACAAAGUUUAACAUUUUCCAACAAUGCUGGCAAUACAAUUUGCUCACAGAGUCUAGGACUGCCAUAUUCACAGAUGCAAAAAUCUGAAAUGUUGCGACUUACUUUAUCCCUAUCAAAAGCUCAUUUCUUCGGCUGGCUAACGUAAAGAAAACUGUUGGUACACUGACCAAAGGGCCAGCAGGAUGAAAUGCUAACAAACAACCACUUUCUGAGAAAGUUAACUUCCAUAAAGUCCAUUGAAAAACUCACAGUAUCGCCUCUAUAUCUGUGUGGGACAGUCGGAAUGUGCAGUUGACUUCAGUUGAUAGAACCCACCUUUAAUUUUUUAAUUUGGUCAUCUUUGUGUGCACACCUAGAAGUCGCCCUGAACAUCAGAUAAUACAAGUCAACUUUCCUUGUCCCUUUAGAAUAGCAAGCUGUGGGGCUAGUUGGUUUGCCAUACCUUGCAAAGGGGAGCGCAGAAGCGUUAAAGAGACCAGACGUCUUUCAUGUCUUGGUCUCCUUUUUCGACAAUACUUCUGCACUCCCCUAUACAAGAUAUUUGCUUGUCCUGCAGUCGAAGGAGCAGAAGUCUGUGUACAUACAUAAAUACAGUCAAGAACUCACUGACACCUUUGUUACUAUGAGUAUUUUAAUGGCACGCACUUUCACUAACAGGAAAAGCCUGCAUAAAAAACACAUGGCAGUGUAACAGGUGCAUGCAAAGUAGCUGCUGUCAGAUUUGUUCCAGAGUAAAAGGCAAAUGUUGCAAAGCAGUGCACAUCACGCGGUAAUCUUCACCAUGGGUUGGACUUGUGCUGUCAGAGUGGUUUGUUGACCAACCAGACAAUGCCAUGUUAGGGUUUGUAUUCACAAAACUUCUCUUUAAGUGCUGCCCAUAAUUGGCUGUUGUGUGUUCCAAUGUUGGAAUACACAAAUACUCUUGUACUAUGCUUUGGUUGCACGUUAAAAAACUUGAGAGGUGGUCAAAAGUAAUCUGGAACCCCCCAGCUACGGCCUCUCUCAUGGGCUGUUAUUUUUUAGGAAGUUAAACCUCACAGUCUUAAUUUCCUGGCCGUUAUCGUGGCAAUCGUCUAGUCGUCAUGUGAAUCACUGUCAUGAGUGGCUGCACCUUAAGGGAAGUGAACUUACACUGGAGGAGUUUUAUGAACACAGACCCUGUCCUCUCUUAACUUGGAAGAACAGUAAAUGUAAUGUAAACAAGGAAACCAGGUAUGAACAGGCUCUUCCAGAUAAACCAUUUGCUAGUCCAUAUUCUUGAUUUGCCAAGAGUUGGCCAUUUUUUCACAUAAAGUAGAACCCCGUUGAUACGUUUCUUUCAAGGGACCGCAGGAAAAAAAACCUGUAACAGAAAGGCCCCAAAUUGCCGCAGCAAUGCCGGAGACAGCUCUGAAUGGCUGCCAGUAUAGUUAUUGGACAUAUUGGUGCUCGUACAGUGGCUGAAGAUGGCGCAUGCAUGCGUAACAAAUGAACACAUUGUUUCACGACUGGCCUCUUUUCGCUCUCAAUAUGCCUUGCCACAUAACAUCACUAUAUUGCGGCAAGCUGGCUUUAGGGAACCAGCUGUAUCCACAACUGUGCAGAGGUGCACUUAUCAGGAUUGACGAUCACGUACUUCUGGCAUUUCGGGGCGGGAGCAUGAGCAGGGCUUCAGAUGUUUAACCGUGAGUAUACUAUUUUAGACAUUAUAGCAAUGUGCAAGAGCGAAUUUGGCUUUGCACUGCUAAAUUUAUGUGACCACGGCAUUCAAAUGCAACAUAAGAUGCAGGAACAUUACAUAAUGGUAAUGUAUCAAAUAGAAACAUAACACAUAGAAGCCAGUGGGCUUUAGGUUGGGACCGCAAAAAUGCGGUGUAGCAGCUGGGAAAAUGCAACAGUGAGGAACACGUCAACAGGGUUCUACUGCAACAGUUGGGUGCAUUGCUUACUUUUGUUUGAUGAGGAAUAUAUACACUAAAUGUCGUACAGGGUGAUCAGAUCCAAGAACCGAGCAAAGUGAACCAUGUGCACGCCCACAUUUCACUAGAAGAGUAGAAAGUCUGUGCUGAGAAAAUCUACAUUAUUUGGCUGGCAUCACAGUAGACUAUGCAUAUUUUCAAGUAGAACAAGCGAAUUUUGCAUCAGACCAUAUUAAUACGCUGCGGAAUUCUAGUGAUGUGCGAAAUAAGACCAACCGAGCCUGCAGCUUAACCUGAAGACCAAUUUAUACCUGUUUUCCUUUACUUGUGCAACAAUGCUUAUGUUAAUCAGAUUGAUUUUUCUCACUUGGAAUUUGACUACUAGUAUACUUGCAUAUUGUGCAAUUGUCUGCAACCACAUAAUUUAAUGUUCUCUCAAUAAAGCAUAAUAUCAAACUCUCUUAAAAGCUAUGGUAAUGUGGCUCAGGCACAUUUCAAUAUGGUUGCGCAAGUGAAACAGACUUUCCACAUCCCAUGUUCUGUAACAUGUCCCAAGUUACUGCACAUUAUGGGCCUUUUAAUGUGGCACUACCCUCUCUCCUGAAGCGAAAGCACGCUUGUCAAGCCACUAAGGCUGACAACACUCCCUUGUCUGUGCUUAAACCUCACAUAAUAAAUAUGGCAAAUAAAAGUAAAGCACUACAA